AUGUCGUCAGUCUCAUUUCCUCAGUCAUACUCGCAAGGUGCACCAUCGUCUUCCUCUUCGGAGGUGGAUGGACCAUACUACAGCCACCUGCCGUUCGAGUCAUCGUCCACUGGUGGCUUCCAAAUAAACCCAUUGUCUCCCCACCCACCACGAACACCCCGAACCUCUAUUGUGGCACCAAAUGCGACGGUAUUCCACUCUGAAGUAUUCACGAGCAAGGAGGAACUUGAAGAGAGACCGGUCGACUUGGAAGAGGAGAUUGAUGACUCAGACAAUUCUCCCUUGGCCAAGGCUAAGCAGCGUGUACGGAGAGAGGAUGUCUGGCGGGAAAUGGUCUUGACGAGUAAUGGCAGGGACAAAGCCUUCAAACUGAUCCAGUACGCCAUUCGCGUGUACUUGGUCUUCCAUUAUUCUUUGGCCCGACGCUCUUCCUUGAAGGCUCCAGGUUCUUCAUGGGCGGCCGAGGCUGUUAGGAGACUGGAGUCAACUGCUGCCGGGCUCUCCCUGACGAGGAAAUGCCUCAUCAUGUUCAACUGGUUGACUCCUCUGACCUCAAUAUUGGCCGAGACGUCAGCCCCAAUAUCUCCUCGUGAUGGCAGACAGAUGUCGAAGCCAAGUGGAAAGCCUCUGCUUCACACAUUUCUACAUGCGCCACCCCCUGUUCUGCUGGAGCUGAUGAACGGCUUUGCUGAUGAUACUGCGACCUUGUCCAAGCUUGGUCUUAUCGGGAAGCGCACAGGCGAGCGAGCUGGCAACUUCGCCAACUGGUGCUGGUUUACGAGUACCCUGGUGAAUCUCGUGGAGAACCAAGUCGAACGAGGCAUGAUCGUCAACUCGCAACGUGAAGUGGAGAAUAGGGCGUAUACUGAAUCUGUCACGGGCGCUACGGCCAAAUCGACUCCUCGCAAUUCCAAGAUAGACGAGCAGGAAUUGCAGCUACUUAGACGGCAGGAUUACUGGCUGCAGGUCCAGCGAUGGAAGCUGUUGAUGGAUCUCAUAUUCGUCUCAUACGAUGUGUUCAAGAUCAAGCGGGGCAGUGACUCCGUUAAGGCCAUCACCGGUCUGGCAUCGGCGGCACUCAGCUCCGCGAAGCUCUAUGAUCGACACCAUAACGUUCUUGUCAAAUCCAAGAUGUCGAGCUUCUGAGUUGAUAGAUCUGACUUCUUGCUCGGCGUUCUUCCCCUUAGACUCUUCCUCUUCUCGUUCCUGUUCCUGUCCCCAUUCUCCAUUGGCGCUUGAUCUCUCCAUCUUAGGAUUCUGUUAUUUCGUCUUACUUACCCUAUGCUCUUCUUUCGAAUCUGGAUACCCG